AUGGAUCAGUCUCAGCAACAACCGAAUGAGACGUCGCGGCAGUGCAGCUUGUGCGAUAGGCCGGAUUCAGCGGACAAUCUCGUCCAGUGCGAUCGCUGCGAUCAGUAUGUUCACUAUUCGUGUGCAGGGGUGAACGAUUCCAUAUCUGAUCCGGAACGUAGCUUUGUAUGUCAGACCUGUACGGCGAAUGAUGAUCUUACCUCCGUUCCUUCAAAGCGAUCGAGUAGAAGUUCUCACAGCAGCCGUAGGUCAGCGCGUCUCGCUUUAAAUUUGCAGCAGUUGGAAGAAGAAAACCGCAUCCGUAUGAAACAACUGGAAGAAGCGGAAAAGUUCCGACAGUUAAGGAUCGAGGCAGAGCAAGAGAUGCUUCGGAAGAAGUACGAGUUGUUGCACUUAGAGUUAGAGAGCGAAGACGAUGACGGAGUAAGCAGGAAGAGCAGGGUUAGUUCCCGAGUAGCUCAGAAGAAUACUGAGAAGUGGGUCCAGAAAGAAGGUCAGACCGAUGGAGCAGACAAGGCUGCUACCACGUCGUCCAACAGUAUCUCACAACAGCGGUCUACGAGCAUCACCGAGACAGUUCAACAAGCCACGGUCGCUACAUCGUUCGUGGGUGGCAUCGUUGAUGGUCAAACUCCACCCACAACUUCUGCGAGCAGCACUCCAAAAGGACCGAUGACCGCACCAAUAGUAUCCGUCUGUCAUUCCGGCAUUACGGCCUGCUCAAGCUCGUCUGGUGCUGCCACGUUGUUAGCACCUGUUCCUGAAGUGGAUAUCGGUGGGCAACCCUCUGCAAGUGCAUUAAGGACGAGCACGAAAGAUCCCUUCGAAGAAGUAUUCAGUAAGCUAAAUCGAGCACCAUCAGCGUUCCUUCCAAGCGGCACAUCUACAAACGCUCUGUUGCGGCAAUCCUCGUCGAUAGCUCCGCCACCGGGUUUCAAUCAAGUAAUUAACCACGCGCCUCCACUGCCGGCAAAUUUAUUUCCACCACCAGGGCCCGAUUUGUCCGUGCCACUGGGUUGCCCGGCAACCAACUUGUCGAAUAGGAUGAUUCGGCCACAUUAUGAAGAACGGUCCUUUCUACCAGUCAACGCGAGUUCGCUGCCCGUGCCAGCCUCAAACGGAUCAGGUCCGGCCUAUUCAAUUGCUCCGUCUGGAGUCAACGCGAAUCAAAUAUCUCAACAGUCAGUUCCGUUGAUGGGAGCUCAACCAGUAGCGAGUUUCAGCGUCCCACCCGUGGCCGCUUCCAGCGGGUUACCAGCAAACCGCGCAGCAACACCAUAUGGUCCAAAUUCGGUUCAACUGGCAGCUCGCCAGGUGAUUCCAAAGGAACUACCGAUCUUCUCUGGCGAUCCACAAGAUUGGCCUCUAUUCUUUAGCGCAUUCCGAAAUUCUACUGACGUAUGCGGCUACAGCGAUGCUGAAAACUUGGCUCGUCUUCAGCGGUGUCUACGAGGUCAUGCCUUAGAAUCUGUACGGAGUCGGCUUCUGAUACCCGAGUCGGUUCCACACGUGAUGGCCACAUUACAACGACUUUAUGGUAGACCCGAAGUUAUCAUCAACGCCUUAUUGAAACAGUUGCGCAGUGUGCCUUCCCCUAAGGCAGAUGAUUUGAAAACGUUGAUAAGAUACGGAAUGGCGGUACAAAACCUUAUUGAGCACAUGAUUGUCGCCGGACAGCAACACCACCUCUCGAAUCCUAUGUUGCUUUUUGAGUUAGUGGAACGUCUACCGUCUAACUUCAAGUUAGAAUGGGCCACCUACAAGUAUGGGAUGGUAGAUGUGAACCUAGCAUCGUUCAGUGAUUUCAUGGCUCGUCUAGUCACCAUGGCGAGUGAUGUUACACUGCAUGUCGAUCCAGGACAGGCUCCCAACCCAAGGCAGGAGAAGCAUAAGCGAGAAAAGACCCCUUCGGAAAAACUAUUUGUGCACCAUGCGGCGGUAGACACAAAGCGGGAUACGAAACCACAAGCGCAAUCCUCAACCUCUACGAAUCAGGAGAAGUCCUGUUCCUACUGCAAUCAAACAGGUCAUAGAAUUGCGGAUUGUGAUACGUUCAAAGGCCUGGAUUGCGAUGGACGAUGGAAGGCCGUACGUGAAAAAGGGUUGUGCCGUAUGUGUCUCGUGCCACACAAAUCCUGGCCAUGUCGAUCUAAACGGGAAUGUGGGUUCGAAGACUGUCGUCUGCGGCAUAACGUGCUGCUGCAUUCUAAACCAUCAGGCCGGAGUCAGGUUGGUGGUGUACAAGCCAUCGCGAACAGCAACAAUGUUGUUCAUCAGAACCAUCAUUUUCUGAAGUCGAGUUCUCUUCUGCGUUACGUGCCGGUUACGCUUCAUGGCAACGGAAGAACAAUCAACGUGUUUGCCUUUCUUGACGACGGAUCAUCGUCAACAAUGAUGGAUGUAGAGCUCGCCGAAUACCUUGGAGUAGUGGGUGUAAUAGAACCAUUAACGCUCACCUGGACCAGUGACGUGUCAAGGGUUGAAGUAGAAUCACAGCGAAUGCAGUUAAUGAUCUCUGGAACCGACAAAGAGCAAAAACACUCGUUGGUGGUUCGGACUGUCAACCAGCUCAAGCUCCCGAGCCAAACAAUGGACUACGAAGAUGUUUGCCAAGUACAUCCGUAUCUCAAGGGUCUGCCGCUUAAGAGUUACUCCAACGCCAAACCACGGAUCAUUAUAGGAGUGGACAACGUCAGGUUGAUAAGUGUGCUGAAGGUGAGAGAAGGUGGCCAGGGGACUCUCGUUGCGGCAAAAACGAGACUGGGCUGGACCGUAUACGGAAAGUAUUCUGCUUCGGACACGGCGGAACGCAUCAAUUUUCACCAGCACAAAGUGCAAACAGCAAUAGACAACGUUGUUCUCCAUGAUAUGAUGAAACAUUUUUUCAAGAUUGAAGAGUCCUGCAUCACCGUCCAACCCAUGUCCGCUGAAAAUCAGAGGGCAGUCCAAAUUCUUGAGGAGACCUCUGUCCGUGUAGCAACAGGUUUUCAAGUCGGACUUUUGUGGAAAACAGAUGAGUUCAACCUUCCAGACUCCUAUCCGCUGGCCCUCCGCCGGUUGAAAUGCCUCGAACAGCGUCUACUACGGAAACCAGAGUUGUAUGCCAAAGUCAAGGAAGUCGUACAGAGUUACAUUGAGAAUGGUUACGCCCACCUUGCAUCGGAUAGUGAACUGGAGUCAUCUGAACCAGGACGAACCUGGUAUUUGCCGCUCGGUGUGGUGCAGAACUCUAGGAAACCCAACAAAAUCCGCUUAAUCUGGGACGCAGCGGCAACCGUGAAAGGCCUUUGCUUCAAUGACCUUGUAGUGAAAGGACCGGAUCUUACAGCAUCAUUGGUCGCUGUACUGAUUAGAUUUCGUCAAAGAAACAUUGCUAUUGGAGGAGAUCUGAGAGAGAUGUUUCAUCAGAUAGCUAUUCGACCAGAAGACAAACAGUUCCAGAGGUUCUUGUGGAGGAAUCAUCCAGACGAAUCGCCGCAAGUUUUGGUUAUGGACGUAGCCAUCUUUGGUGCCUCUUGUUCCCCAUGUAUAGCACAAUUCAUAAAGAAUAAGAACGCAACCGAGUUCAUGGAAGAAUUUCCAAGAGCAUCGCAGGCGAUCAUCGACAACCAUUAUGUCGAUGAUUACCUCGACAGUGUGGAUACCACAGAGGAGGCGAUUGCACUAAUGGAGCAGGUGAAGUACAUUCACGCAAACGGGGGCUUCGAAAUAAGGCAAUUUGUAUCUAAUUCUGAGGAAGUUCUGCAAGAACUCGGAGUCAAUCAAGGUAUUUCUGAUAAAAACUUGAAUUUCGAAUCAGAUUCGUCGCGGGUGCUAGGAAUGUUUUGGGCUCCUUCUCGUGACGUGUUCACGUUCUGCACACCAUCCAACUCUCAACUACCUCUAAUGGAACCCCAAUCGUCAGCCCCGACGAAACGGCAAGUACUUUGCAUCAUUAUGAGCGUUUUUGAUCCGCUUGGGCUGAUAGCUCAUUUUAUUAUACACGGAAAAAUUCUGAUGCAACAUAUUUGGCGCACGGGAACAGAUUGGGACGAUGAAAUACCGAAACAUCUACAGCAAAGUUGGACAGCAUGGCAUAGUUACUUGCCCAAACUGAAGGAUGUACAAGUUCCACGAUGCCUUCUCGGGUUUCUGCGUUUCGACAAAGCAGUAACAUCUGAACUGCACGCAUUCGUGGAUGCGAGUAGGGAAGCAUAUGCGUGCGCUAUCUACUUGCGAACGGCCGGUAUAUCAGGAGUCGAAUGUUCUCUCAUCGUUGCUAAGAGCAAGGUAGCGCCUUUGAAACCGACUUCAAUACCAAGGUUGGAGUUACAAGCAGCCUUAAUAGGAGCCAGGUUGAUGGAACACGUACAGCAGAGCCUCACUCUACCGGUAUUCAGAAGGGUGUUCUGGUCCGACUCGUCAACAGUUUUAUCCUGGCUACAAACUGAUGGAUUCCGAUAUCACCAAUAUGUAGCGCUGCGAGUAGGCGAAAUCCUUUCUACGUCUAAGGCAAACGAGUGGAGAUAUGUUCCGACGGGCCAAAACGUGGCGGACGACGCCACGAAGUGGAAAUCCGGACCGGAUCUCAGUCCGACCAGCAGAUGGUUCAACGGUCCCAAAUUCCUUCGUCUUCCGGAGUCGUCGUGGCCGGCCCAAGCUCAAGCACAACAAACUACUGAAGAACAAGUUCAUCAGUUUUUCCUGCAUCGCGAAGAAAUCAGUGAACCAACCCUGGACAUCAGCCGAUUCUCCAAUUGGCAUCGACUGCAUCGAGCGGCGGCAUACGUUUGUAGAGCGACAGAUAUUUUCAAAGGCAGGAACGUCGACGUUGGUGGGUGGCUGACUUCAAAAGAAUUGGCUGCGGCAGAGAAUCUGUUGUGGCGUCAAGUGCAGAAAGAAGUUUUUCCAAGCGAGUGGCAGGCGCUCCGAACUCGAAGGGACAAUGGUGAUGAACAAAUGGUGGACAGGUGCAGCCCGCUGUACAAACUAUCACCAUUCAUGGAUAAGGAAGGAGUCAUACGAAUGGGCAGUCGAAUUGGGGCUGCUCCGUUUGCUUCAUACGAAACUAAGUACCCAGUAGUUCUACCAAAACAGCAUCGCAUAUCGUUUCUUCUAACUGACAGUUAUCACCGCCGCCUUCUACAUGCGAACCACGAAACGGUUCUGAACGACAUGAGACAGCGAUUCUACGUUCCCGCGCUACGACGACUAGUUAGGAAAGUGGCAGCAGAAUGUCAAAGGUGUAAGGUCAGCAAAGCAAACCCACAGGUACCUCGGAUGGCUCCGCUACCAAAGGCAAGAUUGACACCCUUCGUGAAGCCGUUUGCCUAUGUUGGCGUUGAUUAUUUUGGACCAAUGAUGGUUAAAGUGGGACGAAAUUCAGCUAAGCGAUGGGUAGCCCUGUUUACCUGCUUGACGAUCAGGGCAGUGCAUAUGGAGGUCGUACAAAGCCUGUCAACACAUUCAUGCGUAAUGGCUUUCAGGAGGUUUAUAGCGCGCCGCGGAGCACCUUUAGAGGUGUACAGCGAUAAUGGCACCUGUUUUGUAGGAGCUAGCCGACGCUUAAAGAAGGAGAUUCGCGAGAUAAAUGAGAAAUGCGCAGCUACAUUCACCAACGCGCGAACAAGCUGGAUAUUUAACCCACCGGCCGCACCCCAUAUGGGCGGUUUGUGGGAGCGCAUGGUGCGUUCCGUUAAAACGGCUAUGCAAGCUCUUGGCGACGGACUACGACAUCCAACCGAAGAAACGUUCGAGACCAUCGUACUGGAGGCUGAGGCGAUUGUCAAUUCACGGCCGUUGACAUAUGUAGGCUUGGACUCAGGAGAUCAAGAGGCCUUAACUCCCAGCCAUUUCUUGAUCUAUGGCUCACAAGGAAUCAAUCAGCCCGCAGUUCAACCACUAGAGUAUCGAAGUGCUUUGCGAGAUAGUUGGAAGUUAGCGCAAUGGAUGAUCGACGAAUUUUGGCGACGAUGGGUGCGAGAGUACCUACCGGUACUUACAAGGCGAUCUAAAUGGUUUGAACCAGUUAAACCAAUACAGGUCGGAGAUAUAGUGGUGGUGAUCGAUGACUCCGUGAGGAACAACUGGACCAAGGGGCGAGUAGUUGAAGUUUAUUCUGGGAAAGACGGACAAGUUCGACGGGCCAAAGUUGAAACGAUGGCCGGCUCAGUUAUUCGUCCUUCAGUCAAGCUGGCAGUCCUGGAUGUAUGUGGAAGUUCCAGGUCACACGGGUCGGGGAAUGUUACUGACACCACUGGAUCAGCAUAUAGCGAAUGUGCGACCGGGCACUCCCUCGACGAUAUCACCGUCAAAACUUCAAAUGCCAAUGACUUGCAAAAAGAAACACAAAGUGAGCAGUAA